GGAAGUGUUUUGCUGGGUGACUUCCGGUUCUCGCUUUGAGCCAGUCCAUCCAUUCCUCGGCAGCGGCACUGGCGGCUUGUGUACCGGUACUGCGGGGAGGGAUGGUAGAGGCGGGAGCCCGGCUUUCCAUAUUACCUGAGCCUGGAUCUACUGCCUCUAUUUCCGGCCCGUCACCGACACACUGACCGACUGACACUACAGCAAGCAUGGCCAGCGGGGAGCUGCAGGGCAAGUACCAGAAGCUGGCACAGGAGUACUCCAAGCUUCGAGCUCAGAACCAGGUGCUGAAGAAGGCUGUUUUAGAUGAGCAAGCUAAUUCUACAGCUUUGAAGGAACAACUAAAGAUGAAAGAGCAGUCUCUGAGGAAACAACAGCAGGAGAUGGACAGUUUAAACUUUAGAAACCAACAACUGGCCAAGAGGGUGGAACUUCUGCAAGAGGAGCUGUCAGUGAUGGAAAACAAGGGCAAGAAGACAAAGAAACAUGUGGAGUCAUCUCAGUUGAGUCAGGAACAGAAGAGUGUCUUUGAUGAAGAUCUGCAGAAGAAGAUAGAGGAAAAUGAGAGGCUACACAUCCAGUUUUUUGAGGCCAGCGAGAAGCACAAUCAGAUAGAGGAAGAUAUGAGGAGCCGUCUGCAAGUCUUGGAGAAGGGAGCCGCACAGCACCAAGCUGUCUUAGAUGGCCUGAAGCAGAAAUACAUGGAGACUAUCGAGAAGUUACAGACUGACAAGGCAAAGUUAGAGGUAAAAGCACUGGCUCUGGAAAAAGAGGCAAAAGACUGCAGACUGCGAUCAGAGGAUUGUCAAAAUCAGCUGAAGAGUCUUCAUGUAGAUCUGAGCAGUCGUCUGGAGGAGUCUGUGUGUAUCAUUAAUGAAAAAGUACCAUUCAAUGACACAAGAACUAGUGAUUUCAAUGCCUUGAAUGUACCGUUGCAUAACAGAAGACAUCAGCUGAAGGCUCGGGAAUUAGCUGGUCAGGCUCUGGCCUUUGUCCAGGAUCUAGUUACUGCUCUCCUGAACUUUCAUACAUACACAGAACAGAGAGUCCAGAUCUUUCCCAUAGACUCUGCCAUCGAUGUCAUCUCGCCAUUAAAUCAAAAGUUCUCGCACUAUCUUCACGAAAAUGCCUCUUACGUACGUCCUCUGGAGGAAGGAAUGCUCCUGUUGUUUGAAAGCAUCACUGAGGGCACCAUUACCGUCCUGGAAACCACGGUGAAGCUGAAAAAAUUUUCUGAGCACUUUACAUCCUAUGUGUCUUUUCUGCAAAAAAUCCUCCCGUACCAAUUAAAAAGUCUGGAGGAAGAGUCCGCGUCACCACUUUGCACAGCACCAUUAAAAGAGUGGAAUCUGGAACUCCACAGAGACGUGAAAAGAAUGACGGCAGCGUUUGAGAAACUGAAGACGUACCUCUCCCUCCUCGCCUUACCCAGCACAAAUCCAGAGGGUUUAGUGAGAGCCAACUAUGGCUCCAUCCUGACACAGAUUUCAGGCGCUCUCCACGGACUUCAUGAUAUAUUGAAAGAGCUUUCUAAGCACUACAGUCAUAAAGGUGCACUGGAACAGGAUUUACCAUCUGCUACAGAUAAACUGAAAACUACAAAUGAUUGCAUCUUGUCUUCACUAGUCGCUCUUAGAAACGCAGCCGGCAAGAUGGCGACGUUCUUCAGCAAUAACUUAGACUACUUCAUGUCUUCGUUGAGUUACGGACCAAAAGGAGGCCAAGGAUUCACCAAUCCCCUUUCCGCUGCGAUGAUGCUUCAGUACAAGCAGAAGGCCGCCCAGUACAUGAAAGCUCUGAAGACGCCCUGCCCUGACUCUGUGCCUUAUGAGGAGGCACUGGUAAAUCGCAGAGUGCUACUGAGCUCCACGGAGAGCAGAGAAGGUCUGGCCCAGCAGGUUCAGCAAAGUCUGGAGAAGAUCUGUAAGUUGGAACAGGAGAAGGAGCAUUGGAUGCUGGAAGCUCAGCUGGCCAAGAUCAAGCUGGAGAAAGAGACUCGGAGGAUAACUGAACUAAUGAAGAACCCAGGCAAGGGGCAAGAGGGGGACCAGCAACAGGAAAAUGCCCUGUUACACACAAAGGACAAUUCAACUGAAAUUAGGACUACCAGCUUGAUCGGCAUGUUAAUGGAAAGUAAUGAAAUCCAGCAGGUCACAGAUCAGGACUCCAGGGAAACUCUGAUAAAAAAACACUACAUGACAAGAAUAGCAGAAAUCACGACACAGCUGCAGCUGGCUGACAGCAAGUCUGUCCAUUUCCAUGCAGAGUGUCGAGCUCUUGCUAAGAGAUUAGCAUUAGCAGAGAAAUCCAAUCAGAGCUUAACAGAAGAAACAAAGUCAGCCAGUCAGAGCAUCAGCAGAUUACAGGAUGAAUUAAUUACAACUAAAAGGAGUUAUGAAGAUCAACUGAGCAUGAUGAGCGAUCACCUUUGUGUUAUUAAUGAAACAUUAUCAAAACAGCGGGAAGAAAUAGAUGUUUUAAAGUUGACUAGCAAGGGAAAUUCCAAGAAGAACAAAAAUCGAUAGUGGAUGGCAGUCUGGUCAGGGAAGAGAACACUGCUGCUAUAUACACUGUAGAUCAGUCUGUGAAGAUGUCCUAUGUCAGCUUAUCCUUUGUAACAUGUGUGAACCCGGAUUCCUUCUCUCGGCAAAAAGGUCACCAAACCUAAAACACGUUCAA